AUGUCCUGGCAGGGCCCUAUGACCUUUGAGGACGUGGCCGUGUACUUCUCCUGCGAAGAGUGGGGGCUCCUUGAUGUGACCCAGAGAUUUCUAUACCACGAUGUGAUGCUGGAGACCUUUGCCUUCAUGGCCUCUCUGGGACUUAUCUCUUCUAGGACCCCUGAAAUCACCCAGCUGGAGCAAUGGAGAGAGCCCUGGGUGCCUGACCAAGAAGCUACAGUCCCAGACACACCACAAGGUAGUUGGCAUGGAGUGGAGGCUGGGGAGAAACCACACCCAUGUGGGUCAUGUGGGAAAGGGUUCUGGUUCCGGGCAGACCUUGACCAGCACCAGAAGCUGUAUGCUGGAGAGAAACCCUUCAGAACAGAAGUGGGUCAGCUCUCAGUUUUGAAGAGCUGCAGAGUUCACCUGUCAGAGAAACCCAUCCAACACAGGGAGGGUGGGAGAGACAUCCUGAUCAGCUCAAAUCUUCCCAGACCUCAGGGGACUCACAGUGGGGGUAAGUCUGCGAGUGCUGAGUGUGGGGAGGCCUUCCACACUGGAAAAAAGCAUUACAGAUGCCAUGAGUGUGGGAAAGCCUUCAGUCAGAAUUACUUACUUGUUCAGCACUGGAGAAUCCACACUGGAGAAAAGCCUUAUGAGUGCAGCGAGUGUGGGAAGUCGUUUAGCAAUAAAUCCAACCUUCAUAUCCACCAGAUAGUGCACACUGGAGAACGGCCUUACAGGUGCAGUGAGUGUGGGAAAUCCUUUAGCCGCAAUGCUGACCUCCUUCAACACAGGAGAGUGCAUACUGGAGAAAAGCCAUUUACGUGCAGCGAGUGUGGAAAACCCUUCAGGCAUAAUUCCACACUUGUUCAGCACCAGAGAAUCCACACUGGAGUCAGGCCCUAUGAGUGUAGCGACUGUGGGAAGUUCUUCAGUCACAACUCCAGUCUCAUGAAACAUGAGCGAGUUCACACUGGAGAGAAGCCUUAUGACUGCAGGGAGUGUGGGAAAGCCUUCAGCCACAAGUCAAGCCUCAUAAAUCACUGGAGAGUCCACACUGGAGAAAGGCCUUAUGAGUGCAGCGAAUGUGGGAAAUUCUUCAGCCAGAACUCCAGCCUCAUUCAACAUCGGAAACUGCACACUGGUGAGAAGCCCUUCAAGUGCAAUGAAUGUGGACGGUUCUUUAGUGAAAAUUCCAGCCUUGUUAAACACUGGAGAGUUCACACUGGAGCAAAGCCUUAUGAGUGUGGCAAAUGUGGCAGAUUUUUUCGCCACAACUCAAGCCUCACUAAACAUUGGCGAAUUCAUACUGGAGAGAGGCCUUACAAGUGCAGCAGCUGUGGGGAAUCCUUUAGUCAGCGCUUCAAUCUCAUUCAACACCAGAGAGUUCACACUGGAGAAAAGUCUUGA